AUGACAAAGAAAUUAACCGCCGAAGAGAAGCGUAAUAGACGGCCAACAAGUAGGGCGUGUGUGUUUUGUCACGAAAAGCACCUUCAAUGUUCACAAGAAAGACCAUGUAAGAACUGUGUCAAACGGGGGAUAAGUGAUGAGUGUAGAGAUAUUGAACGGAAAAGAGCUAAGUAUUUGAAAGGUAACAAACUUGAUCUGAAAUCCCCUUUGAGUCAAGUGACUGAUGCUAGUUCACUUGAUCUUUCCAAAAAUGAUGAGAUGACCUCAACUAAUGAUUUAAUGACAGACACAACCAAUGAAGUUUUAAGUAAACUUUUCACAGAAAUGAAACCUUCCAUAUCCCAAGAGAUCAAUAUCGAUAACAUUUUUGAUUCAAAUUAUCUAGAUGAAGAAUAUAAGAUGUUGGGAGAUAUUAUCACCAAUUCUAAACCCACAUCACCUAGUAUUUCCAGUAUAAGUCCAACACCUCCCAGUUUUAUAGCAUCUAAACGAGAUGAAUCUCAUCAUACACGUCCUUUUAUAUCGUUUGGAAUCCCCGGAGAUGAAUUCUCCACUAAUCAGAGAAUCGGUAUCGGCAUAAAUAAUAAUAAUCAUAGCACGGCUGGCAACUCGGGUCAAGUAGGAACAUUAACAGAUUCACAUUCCAACACCAACUUGAAUUCCCUAGAUAACCCUCCAGUAACCGAUAAACCAAUUCAUUCGGGUAAUAAGAUAACCGAUCAUUUUAGUCCUUCCACUAUUGGAUAUGUUAGUCCUAUGAUCAGUCAUCAAGUAUACCAAAACGUUAAAGAUAUAUAUUCCAACAAUGUGAUAGACUUUGAAUAUCCUCAAUCAUACCAUUCAUUAACAUUCUUCCUUAAAAAGAGAUUCUCCGGUAAAAACUUGUCACCUCCUGAAAAACAACAGAAAAGAGCUAAUUUACUAGCCAUACUAAGAUUGAUUGCAAGUUAUAGACCAACUUUUAUUUCUGCUCAUAAGAAUUUAUAUAAACCUUGGGACUUACAAUUACUAGAAAUGACAUUCCAGAGAUCUUUAAUCGAUUAUGAGAAACUAAGUAACCUCAAUAGUUCUCCCACAAUCAUCUGGAGAAGAACCGGAGAGAUCGUUUCCAUCUCCAACGAAUUAAUCAGUCUUUUGAAUUUAAAUCUUAACGAAAUCUUAAGUAAGAGAACUUUCAUAAUGGAGUUGAUGUAUGAUGAUGAAUCUAUAGUGAACUAUUUCAAAUUAUUCAAAUCAAUUGCUGUGGGGAAUUUACAUUCAACUAUCGUUACGAAAUUGAAGUUAAUGAAACUGGAUGGGAACUUCAUUGAAUUCUGUUCAGUAUGGACCGUCAAAAGAGAUAUCUUCGAUAUACCGAUGUUGAUUCUUGGUCAAUUUCUUCCUAUCUUAACAUCUGAUGGAUUUAGGAUGUAUUAA